AUGGCGACCACGACGGCGACACAGACCACCACAUUGAAAGGCCGCACGGCCGAGGCCAAGCUGGCCUUGCAGCCUUCGUCGGCCGAACAGCAGUACCCCGAUAUCCAGACUAUCAGGGACGCCAUUCCGGCGCACUGCUUCAAGGCCUCGACGGCGCGGUCGCUGGGCUAUCUCGUUCGCGAUGUCGCCAUGAUCGGUGUCAUCGGCUGGGCGGGUCUGACCUAUAUCCCGACCAUUGAGAACACGCUCUGGCGCACGGCGGCCUGGAUCAUCUACGGUUACGUGCAGGGCCUCGUUUGCACUGGACUCUGGAUCCUCGCCCACGAGUGCGGCCACGGCGGCUUCUCGGCGCACCAGCGCUUCAACGACGUGGUGGGCUGGGCGGCGCACUCGGCGCUGCUGGUACCCUACUUCAGCUGGAAGUUCUCUCACCACCGCCACCACCGCUUCACCGGUCAUAUGGAGAAGGACAUGGCCUUUGUGCCCCAGACCAAGGCCGACCGCUUCACCCCACGUCUGGCCAACCUGUAUAUGGACCCUGAGAUGUUCGAGGAUACCCCCAUUGUGCAGCUUGUUAAGCUCCUCUCCCAUCAGCUCGCGGGUUGGCAAAUGUACCUGCUGUUCAACGUCUCAGCCGGCCCUAAGAGCAUGCAGCGUGAGUCGGCUGGCUGGCUGCGCGUGAGCCACUUUGAGCCCACCAGCUCCGUCUUCCGCCCCAGCGAGGCUAUCUACAUUGCCCUGUCAGAUCUCGGCCUCGCCAUCACCGCGUACGGCUUGUACCUUGCGGUCCACAUCAUUGGAUGGCAGACACUGUUUCUCCUGUACGGAGUGCCCUACUUUUGGGUUCACCACUGGCUCGUUGCCAUUACCUACCUGCACCACACCCACCCCGACGUCCCUCAUUUCGACGCCGAGAACUGGACCUUUGUUAAGGGCGCUCUUGCUACCGUGGACCGCGAUUUUGGCUUUGUCGGCCGCCACCUGUUCCACGGCAUCAUUGAUACACACGUUGUCCACCAUCUCUUCCCGCGCAUUCCAUUUUAUCGCGCCGAGGAAGCCACUGAGGCCCUCAAGCCAUUGCUGGGAAGCCUCUACCACCGCGAAUCGGGCUCGUUCAUCGGUUCAUUGUGGUCGACGUUUGGCACCUGCAAGUAUGUUGAGGCGGAUCCGGCUGUGCCUGGAGAGCUCAAGUGGGCUACCAAGUCAACGUAG